AUGGCUUUCCCGCCCCCAGCAGGCACCACGGGCCCCAGCACCACCGUGGAGCUCCCUCCUCCGCCCCUGCGUGUGCUGACCGGCUUCUCCCUGCUCCUCCAGGUGAACGUCCCGAAAACUCGGCGGACCUACUGCAAGAAAUGCGGCAAGCACCAGCCGCACAAAGUCACCCAGUACAAGAAGGGCAAGGACUCCCUGUACGCCCAAGGAAAAAGACGAUACGAUAGGAAGCAGAGUGGCUAUGGGGGCCAGACAAAGCCCAUCUUCCGUAAGAAGGCUAAGACCACGAAGAAGAUUGUGCUGAGGCUGGAGUGCGUGGAGCCCAACUGCAGGUCCAAGAGGAUGCUGGCAAUUAAGAGGUGCAAGCACUUUGAACUGGGAGGAGACAAGAAGAGAAAGGGCCAGGUGAUCCAGUUUUAAGCUCCAUCUUGUCAUUAUGGACCACAUUAAAGUAUUUGGAAUGAUCA